ACGACUCUGUAAAAGAAGAACAAGAACUGUUUUCCAUCAACGCUUUGUAUUUGAAUUUGUUUUGUGUUCUGUGAUUCUAUUGGACAUUAAUACCUGCAAUUUUGUUAUCUAAAUGGACGGCGAACCAAAAUAUAAACUCAUAACCUGUGUUGAUCCCACUAAAAUCAAUGUGCCUAUAAGAGAUAGAUUCGCGAAGCUUACUUUGUCAAAUAAAAAGAAACAACAGGACAUAUUGGAAUGCAUUGAAGGGGAUAGGGGGCCAAUAAAACGUGUUAGUCGCAAUCUCUUAGAAACCAUGGAUAAUGCAACAGAAAAGUGUACUGAAACUGAAACUAUAUCUGUUCAUAAACAUAUAUCUUCUGCAACCACAUUGUCCAAUUUAACAGACUUUUCUCCGAUGGACGAUCAAAAUGAUAAUCGUACCGAUUGCGGUUAUUUAAAUGGAAAUAUUGAAGUAGCUUCCACACUUUCUGAUAUUCCACACUAUGUAAAUCCCCUGUUGCGUAGUGAUAGCAGUGGAAGUAAAGCAAUUGAAGAUUGUGAGAAUACUGAUGAUAUGCAGCCAUUGCAUGUAAGUGAAUAUAAUGACACAACUUCCGAGUAUUUACCGGAAUAUGAUAUAACAACACUGACAAAAGAGGUGUCAAAAAUGGCUGUGAGUGCGGAACAUCUUAAAGACAUUAACAAUGAAAUGAUUAAAGAAACUACUUUAUUGGUUUCUACGGAGAGUCAACGAAUGAGCUGUGACUUUGAACAUCGUAGGCUGCAGACAUGCAAUAUUAAUUCCGGAGAUAAAAACCAAUUAGCUGCAAAUUCUGAAUUGUCCCAAUCUGGUUGUAUAUCUUUAUUAUCAACUGACGACAGUUGCAGUGCCAUAACAAUAACUGAUAGCAAUGCUUCUGAAUUGAUGGAUUUCAAUUUAAUGACAUCUGAUAUACCUGAAAGUGGCCAAUCAGCGAAUGCUUUCAUCCCAAAUACAUUUAGUAAUGAAAAAGCAGACCGGAUGGAAGCAUUUUUGCGCGAUGUUUCGCAGCAGCGUAGGGAAUUGGAAGCAAAUCCAGAAUUGAAGGAAGAUGAUUUUACCGUUUUAGGACAUACUGAUGUAAUCAGUCCGAAAAAGCAUAUUAAAACAAAUAAUGCACAUCAAAUUUCUGGUGGUUUGGCAUAUGCGGCCACAGAAUCCAUGACUUCCAUUGCAACAGACCUCUUAGUUGAAAAUGACCAUAUCAGAAUUCAGAGCAUAGAUCGUGAACCAAGUGUUCAAAUAGACUCAGUUGUGGUAAAAGACACUCUAUCAAUGAGCAAAAUUAAAACAGAAGAUUUUUCAUUUGAUGAAAUUCUUAAUGAUGAAAGCAAGAGAAACAUUAAAGGCGAUCCCAGACGAUUAGCUGAAGAGGAAACUCAAAUAAAUUCAUCUACUUCCCAAGAGGAGAUAAACAAUUCAAUAGUAUGUAGUGAAAAAAGUUACAUUUCGAAUGCAAGUAAGAUGGAUUUGCCCGAAGAUUCUGUUAUUAUAUCAGAGACGUCCAGUGAAGAUUUAAACAGUCCUUCAGUUAACAAUAGCAAUUGUAGCAGCGAAGAAAUAGUUACCAACAAUUCUAAUCAAUCUGACGCUGAGAGUAACCAAUCUUUACCACCGCAAAUAAGUAUCGGUAAUAUAAAUAUUUCUGCUAAGAUUAAUAUAAAAAUCUCAAUUUCACAAUUGGAUAGCCUGGAAGAUGACAGUGCUAAUAAUGAAAGCAGUAGUGCAGAAGAAAGUAAUAGAGUUAAUGAAAAUUAUAAAAGUAUAACACCAAACUCCCUGGCUUCAAAUAAUGAAGUAUUUAACACACCAUGCAAUGAGCAAAAGCAACAUAGAGGUAGGGCAAACCCAGACGACUCCAUUGCAAGUAAUAAUAAUAAUGAAGAAAAUUCUGAUGAGGGCGAACUGGAUGUGAAUUUUCUAACUCAUGCUGAAAGACUUCUUAAUCAAGUAUACGGUAAAGCAUGGAAAACACCGGAUGUAAUACGCACCCUGAAACGUACCAGUCGUACGCCAAAAAAUACAGACUCUACCCAAUCACCAAAAUCAACUGACAAAGUGUCUUCAUUUCAAGAAAGAAAAUCAAAAUCACCAAAUACGGUCAACACUAGUGUUGGAAAGAAGUUGGAUCAAAGUGUAGCGGAAAGCGCGCUUGAUGAUUUUUCAAUUUUUCGCCGAGAUAUAGUUCAAACGAACUUGGACUCUACUCGCUUUAUGACUCCUAAUCUACAUAAGGAUCAAACUGCAUCAGAAGUUAACUUUCAUAGCGAAUCGCGUUGCAAUAGACAACAAAAAGUACAAAAGGAGCAAGCCUUUAAAUUACCAAGAACCGAAGUAAAAAAAAAAAUUUCAACAAAACGACAACAGAAUAUUGUGGCAGCGGAACGUUGGCGUCAACUGGUCGACAACGAUAGUGAUACGUCAGGUGAUAAUGCUUCUGACGACGAAACAUUAGAUAAGACGCAGACUAACGAAGAUUCACCUAAUGAUAAUAUUGAAAAUAAAUCUGAUGAAUGGAGCCCACCAUCUGAUGAAAAUGAAGAUAGUGACUAUGAAAUUCCACAACCCAAAAAAGGUGUCAAAGGACGCGGAACAAAACAAACAAAUAAGACGUCUCCUAAAAGCAAAAGACCGGCUGAUACUACAAGGAGACGUCGAGCGAAAGCGAAGAAUAAGGAUGAUAUAAUUUACUUAGAUUUAUCCAAAGAGGAAGUAACUAUACAUGAAGGCGCAAUGAAUUCUCCUUUGGCCAAUAAUGAUGCGAAUUUUAACACCCAUUUGGAAGAUAUUUUGAGGACAUGCAAGGCUAUCGAUAAAGCCAAAAUACCAGCUACGCCUACAACUAAUACGAAAUCAAAACGAAAGUUAUUCACUGCGAAUUUCGGAGAAGAAGACGUAGACUUAACUAUUGCUGAAGGUGGUGUGCAACCGCGAACUCCUGUUAGACGUGCUCAAACAACUGAGGACGAAAAACUUACGCAGGAUAUGGAAAGAGUAAAUAUUAAAGAUGGUUCGGGUGGCUUUGCAAUAUUUAAUAAACAUUUAGAAGCAAUAAAACGCGGACAACCUGUUUUCAAUAUGACUCCGACCAAGUCGAUGGACACUCCGCAUCAAACAAAACCAGCAAAAAUAUUGCGGGAGAAGAACAAGCUGCCAGAACAAAUAUUCCCGACACUUAAAAACAAAUACGGCUUCCUUAAAUCGCUUGAUGUCUGUGUGGCGAAAUCCCUUUGUGAUCCAGAAGCGUUAUGCUACCGCGAAAAUUAUCGCACUAAGAAGGAAGAACUGGCGAAGUUGCUUUACGGACUCUACAAUGAGAAAUUAUUUCAAAACAAACUAGAUGUGCCACUUCAAUGGAACAAGAAACUGUGCAAUACAGCUGGAAGGUGUUUAAAUAAGAAAAAACUGGGCACGCGGACAAGUGUAAUAGAGUUGAGUGAGAAAGUUCUGACUAGUGCUGAUCGUUUGCGGUGUACAUUAAUACAUGAAUUAUGUCAUGCUGCUACAUGGAUAUUUAAUGGUGAAGGUGGACAUGGGAGUACUUGGAAACAAUGGGCGUUGAAAGCUAAUCAGGUUUUCCCAGAAAUUCCUAAAAUCGGUGUGUGUCAUCAGUAUGAUAUCGAAUAUAAAUACACUUACAAAUGCACCUUAUGCGCCGCAAAAUCGCAUGCUCAUUCAAAAUCUAAGAAAGUAGAAAAUAUAAGGUGCUCUUUCUGUCAUGGCGCCAUUGAGAUAUUUUUAAAUAAAAAGGAUAAAGACGGUAAUAUUUUGUCAACACCUGUACGUGAGCCCACGGGUUUUGCAAAGUUUGUGAAGGAUAAUUACAAACGAUACAAACGUCCCGAUCUCAAACAUGCUGAUGUUAUGAAAGUAUUAAGUACUGAAUUCGCCGCUUUAAAACUGCCAGAGUAAGAUAAGUAAGUCGACAAACAUUUUGAACAAUAAUAACGUGGGUUUAUUUUUACAUAAAAUUUGUGUUUCAUAUACAUAAUUAUAUUCCUGUUAUUAUUAUAAUUUUGAACUUUCACGGAAAUAAUAUAUUUCUAUGCCUUUAAGCUUAUAAAUAAAGUUUUAACAGCACUUUUUGCAUAA